AUGGAUCCUUUAGAAUUUCCUUUUGAUAUCAAAGCUUACAAAAGGCAGUCUGAAAUUGAAGAGAGGUAUAUCGUCAACCGGUUCAGGGAGCAACGAAACCAAAUAGAGGAAGGAUACACACCUCGUGUCAAGAGAAAAUAUCUCUAUAUAGAUCAUGCAGCGGCAAACCAAAGACUGAUUGAUGACUACUUUACAGAUCAACCUACAUAUGACGAUGGAAUGUUUUGUCGGCGAUUCCCGAUGCGGAAACAUGUGUUCUUUCGGAUCGUUGGGGACCUAUCUAGCAGUGACAACUACUUCACCCAAGCAAAAUGUACCACAGCCAUGCGAAUGUUAGCAUAUGGUGUGGCGGCCGAUGCGGUCGAUGAAUACAUCAAAAUAGGAGGCACAUUGAAUGAUAUAAACGUUCUAGACAGUUCACCCGUGUUCGAUGAUGUUGAACAGGAAAAUACUCCAAGAGUGAACUUCUUUGUGAAUCAACGUUCGUAUAAUAUGUCAUACUAUCUUGUUGACGAUAUCUACCCUUCUUAUCUGACUUUCGUCAAAUCAAUUAGACUUCCUCAAAGUGAACCAGAUAAGUUAUUUGCAAAAUAG